GUGUCCCCGCGCGGGCUCCGUAGCGCGUGUGCAGCCUGACGCAGCCCCGCGGGCCCUCCUCCCGCUCUGCGGCGGCUGCGAGGAGUUUGGGGCGUGCGGGCGCGGGGAGGCGGGGGCGAGGCGGCGCGCCGCGAGAGGAGGCGGCGGCGGCGAGAGGAGGCGGAGGAGCAGCAGGCGCCGCCAUGGCCGCCGCGCUCACCGACAUGGCCGACUUGGAGGAGCUCUCCCGCCUCAGCCCGCUGUCCCCCGGCAGCCCCGGGCCCGCGGCGCGCGGCCGGGCCGAGCCGCCGGAGGAAGAGGAGGAGGAGGAGGACGAUGAGGCGGAGGCAGAGGCGGUGGCCGCGCUGCUGUUGAACGGCGGAGCGGGCGGCGGCGCGGGGGGCGGCGAGGCGGAGACCAUGUCGGAGCCUAGCCCCGAGAGCGCCAGCCAGGCGGGCGGGGACGAGGACGAGGACGACGAGGACGACGAGGACGAGGGCAGUAGCAGCGGCGGCGCUGAGGAGGAGAGCAGCGCCGAGAGCCUGGUGGGCAGCAGCAGCGGCGGCUGCAGCGGCGACGAGACGCGCUCGCUGAGCCCGGGCGCGGCGAGCAGCAGCAGCGGCGAUGGGGACGGGAAGGAGGGCCUGGAGGAGCCCAAGGGACCGCGGGGCGGCCCGGGCGGCCCGGGCAACGGCGGCGGUAGUAGCAGCAGUAGCGUGGUGUCGAGCGGCGGCGACGAGGGUUACGGCACCGGGGGAGGCGGGAGCAGCGCGACCUCCGGGGGCCGGCGGGGCAGCCUGGAGAUGUCGUCGGACGGGGAGCCGCUGAGCCGCAUGGACUCGGAGGACAGCAUCAGCAGCACUCUAAUGGACAUAGACAGCACAAUCUCCAGUGGACGCUCAACUCCAGCCAUGAUGAAUGGACAGGGGAGCACUGCUGCUUCCAGCAAGCACAUUGCCUACAACUGCUGUUGGGACCAGUGCCAGGCCUGCUUCAACUCCAGCCCAGACCUGGCAGACCACAUUCGCUCCAUACAUGUAGAUGGUCAGCGUGGAGGGGUGUUCGUUUGCUUGUGGAAAGGCUGUAAGGUGUAUAACACCCCAUCAACCAGUCAGAGCUGGCUACAGCGGCACAUGCUGACACACAGUGGAGACAAACCUUUCAAGUGUGUAGUUGGUGGCUGCAAUGCCAGCUUUGCUUCUCAGGGAGGGCUAGCUCGCCAUGUACCCACACACUUCAGUCAGCAGAACUCCUCAAAAGUUUCUAGCCAGCCAAAGGCCAAAGAAGAAUCUCCUUCUAAAGCUGGAAUGAACAAGAGGAGGAAACUGAAGAACAAGAGACGGCGCUCGUUACCGCGACCACAUGAUUUCUUCGAUGCACAAACACUGGAUGCCAUAAGACAUCGAGCCAUAUGCUUUAACCUCUCGGCUCAUAUAGAAAGUUUAGGGAAGGGACACAGUGUUGUUUUUCAUAGUACUGUAAUAGCUAAGAGAAAGGAGGAAUCUGGGAAGAUAAAGCUUUUGCUUCAUUGGAUGCCCGAAGACAUUCUGCCAGAUGUAUGGGUGAAUGAAAGUGAGCGACAUCAGUUAAGAACUAAAGUAGUUCAUUUAUCAAAACUACCCAAAGACACUGCCUUGCUGCUGGACCCAAACAUCUACAGAACAAUGCCACAGAAGAGGUUGAAGAGGUAAAACAUUCAUAAAUACAUAAAAGCAAACAAGCGGGGAACCUGCAGUCUUAGUCACUGACAAUGGGUUAGGGAAAGUUGCACAUUACAGUCAACCCCGUCCUCUUUUACUUUUAAGCCCAGUAUUUAGAGUAAUAUUUAUGCCUAGUGUGGACCUUCUGUGACUGGAGUAGAUCCUGUGUGGAGCAUAUUAAUAUGCCUGUAGCCCACAUGGCUGUGGGACACUGCGCAGACACUUGCUGGCACCUCAGUGGAACAGCUUCUGAAAGGAAGGAAGGAAGGAAGGAAGGAAGGCUUUGCAUGCUCGCUGCCUAGGCUGCUGAUUUCUCCCCUAGUGACUGUAGCAGCAGUCGUAUUUGGAAAGACAAGCAAUUGCCCUUAAAUACCAAAGCACUGUGAGAUAACCAUCUUGACAGUGUGAGUUGAUUUGAAGUCCUAAGGGAAAAUAUUUAGACAGUGGAAAUUAUCAAGAGAUAAUUAACCUUUCAGUUAUGAUAAAUAGAUGUGAUUGGUUGCCAUUUGUGUUCUUUUGCAGAACUCUGAUAAGAAAAAUGUUCAAUUUGUAUUUAAGCAAACAGUGAACGACGUUUGCAAUCAACUAAAAAUUCGUCUAUCGAGUUAGGUCUGAGAAUUGCUAUAAAGAGUGUGGCCGUAUGUCUGAUGGCUCCCUUUUCAGGACUAGGGUCUCACGGGGCACAGUGUGUUAAUAUUUACCUAAAUAACUCUUGUCAAUGGUUUUUGAAAAAAACCUCGGUUUCAAAAUAUUUGAAUGAUCUCCAUAUUUUCAUUUAACCUCUGACUCUUUAAAUUUUUUUCCUGAGGAAAGUGUUUUGAGUUUUUUAACGUUAAAAAAAUUGUAUUUUUUUUAAAAUAUCUUCAAACUGAAUCUUUUAUGCACCAAAGUUGGUUUUGAAAAGGAAAAUAAAAUCACUUUCUUGCUUGGCAGGCAAGAAGCCAUAUGGAAUUUUUUUAACUUUUACAGAAAUGUGUAACUUGUCAGUACUGUAUCAAACAAAUGUUGCAUAGAGAUAAUAGAGCGUUGCUUGUAAAUAAUUCAGCAGAUUUGUAAUAUAUUUUUCUAUUAUGAAAUGUACUGUAGAUGUUUUCUAGAGGCAUGAAAGUCAAUGUAUAUAUUAUGGUAGAAAUAAUAUUGAAGGAAAUUGUAACUCACUAGUGCUGCCAGAGGGAUUGCUAACAAAGCACCUUUAACGAGAGAUGUCUGUGCAGACUGAAGGGACUGUGUACUACUGUUAAUGUCUAAGAACAAAGCAUUGGGCAUCAUUCCAGAAAGUCCAGGGAGGACCCUGACCUGUAAUAGUUUACGGCACCCCCUCUGACAGAGGCUGAGGCAGUCGUUCCUCACUGUUGGAGCAGCACUGUAGCAUGUGCUGUGCAGUCAGACUGCAGAAACCGCUCCUCACUUGGAGUUCUCGCUUCCUACAGUGUCAGGAAUACCAGCAGUUUUUACUCUAAGUUUUUAAAGAAUAGACAAUAUAAAAUUAAUCCUUUAGUUCCAAAAUGGGAAACGUUCCAUGAUGCAUAGAUCAUUUCUCAUUUGCUUAAAAAAUGAAAGACCACCCACAGGGUCUUAAAAGAAUGGGAGGCUGAAAUGGUGGGGGUUGAAGAGGUAGAUAAGGAGCAGUCCCAGAGCCUGAGGGAGCCUGAGGGACGAGGGACAGCACUGCAGGUGAGGCACUCUGGGACAGCCAUCUAAGAUGCUAAGAUGUAGAAAAUGGGGGUCUGUUUUCAGAGGAAAAGCAGUGUGCUUUACUAUUUCCUUUUGCUUAAGCACUUCAUCAUUUGUUUUAUUCUGUAUCUGCGAAGGACUCUGCAACUCCUUUGUUCCUUUAAAAUUUUGGUUUGUUAAAAUAUUGCCAAAUAGAGUGUUUGAGACAUAGUUUGUACCUGCAUUUUUAUUUUACUGUCUCAUGUUCUUGUACAUCAUUCCUAAUUGACCGAUGAUUGUAGACUUUGCUUGAGUAUUUUUUCUAAUAAAACAAAGCAAAUUACACUUAGCUUCAAAUUGUAACAAUUCAAUUUAACUUUAAGGUGACAUCUGGAAGUAUACAUUGAACAUUUUCUUUAGAUGCAUAGAGAACAAAUAAGUUACUAUUAUGUAUAGAAUUUUUGCUGUCAAAACCAUAAUGCUAGUUACUGACUAGCCUCUGAGUACGCAGGUAUUCACGGUCCCUUUGCUUCUGAUUGACUGGGCUUGACACUUGUUAGCACACCAAAAGGAGUGUGAGUAAGCUAGUUUUAUAACUUGUAUGUAUCCAUAUCCACAGGCACAUUCAAAGUGAUUGGAUAGUCAGGUAUGAAAUUGUAGUAGGUACCAUCUAUUAAUGUUUCUUCUCACCCAGCUCUGAUCUCCUGUGCCUGUCUCUCCAGGACAUUAAUGGCGGACCUGGUUUCUUGUUUUUCCCCCAAACAUGUCUGGUCCAGCACUGGACAGUGUGCAGCCCACAGGCACAGCUCUCAUUUUUUUUACCUGUCACCUUGUCUUUUCCCUGCAGUGGCCUCUUGAAGUAGUGAGACUUUAGGGGCCUGCGGCGUUCAGUGUCUGCUCUACGUGCACAUGCGUAUUUCUCUGUCUCUCGUGUAGCUGGUAUAAGUGUUGGAGCAGUAAACAGAGCACAUUGUUUGCCCUUAGUAUGGCAGUGAGCACGAGGCCAGUGUCCAAGGAGACUGACUGUCUCACACUCUGCGGGCAGCACCAGAGGCACGGAGCACGGCACACGGCGUUUAGGUGGAGCGCUCACGCUGGGUUUCUUAGUAUUGUUGAGGAUCUACCAUUUUACCACGCGUGCUUUGUCUUACAGGGACUGAAUGAGAAUCUGUAAGUCAGAUUCUGCAUUUCAACCACAAAUAACAUUUGUUCUAAGAGAUUCUUGAAGUAGUAAAUAUUGUAAAAAUUUAAAAUUCUUUAUUUUUCUAGUAAACCUUUUCGUACAUUAAUGUGGCUGCACAUUAAUUCUGAAUUUCAGAUGAAAAGAAAAUAAAGUGGACAAUACUUAACCCUCAAGUAUUUCCCCGUGUGUCUAAGUCAUUGACCAUAGAAAGCUGGGUGCGCUGACUAAAGCCGUGCGUUUGGGAGGACGAAACAAGAGGAUUGCCGAGAGUUGAAGCCCCGAGUAGCAUCCUGAGGCACACAAACCAAAAGAAGAAAUAAAUACUGAUAAUUAGGAUGUUUCUAAUGUCACACGUUAGUAAAGCAGGGACCAUGGAGGGGCUCAGCAGCUGAGUUCCUGGGACCCGAAGGUCUGAGGAGAGACCUGACCGGAGAUUUGUCUUCCCCACAAGUAAAUAUGCAAAUGAUCUUCACAAGGUAGAAUUCGCCAUAGUUAAAAACACGUGAGUUCUGUUGUUUGCAUUGAACUGUUUUCUUGAUGCAUGGUUGACUGAAUAUCAAAGUGGGCAAAUGUACGUGAAGCUGAGGCCAUGGUAUAUCCGGUCACAGCUUUAAUUUUUUUAUAGUUUUUGUAACACCCUUGUAUAAAGCCUAAAGGUAAACCAAAUUUUGGCCUAUGUGGGUUUCUAAUACAAAGUCUGACAUGUUGGUGUGUCUAACAAGGCCUCAGGUUACAGAGAUACAUAAACAAAUGUAGUUUAUUUAUAAAGAAAGAUUCAAACCAUAUAUUAUUUGGACGUCUUUUUUUUUAAAAAGCAGAGUGGCACUUUGAGGUUUUAAUUUAAGAUAUUUUUCUAUUCUAUUUCAUAAAAGGUUUAAAAUUUUGUGUAUAAAUAUUUUUUUUAAUUGUUCAAGAAUCUUAUGACCUGGUGUAGGGCAGUUUUGCAAUUUUAACACUAUAGCUUUAAUAUAAAUAACAUUUGUAGAGGUUUUCUUUGAAAUAAAGGUGAGACUAUUUUGUCAUUUUUAUUAUUUCCUUUAGAGCCUGAAUAGCCUUAAAAUAAUAGGCAUAAAAUGUUGUGUUCUGAUUUUUAUAUUGUUAAAAUUUAGAAAUAACGUACUUACCUUGAUUUCUUUCCCAAGUUAAGUUUGAACAGUGUCACAUAUAACUCUCUCUCUGCAAAAAGGGUGGAAGCAGGUUAGAGCAGGUUUUGUGUAGGUCUAUUAUGUCAACUAUACCAAAUUGCCUCUCAGCAUGAGCAAGAUGGUGAUAGAUGUGUUUAACCUCACUAUCUGUUCUCACUGUCUCACAGUCUGCCAGGAUCACACUCCACACAGAAUAAUGGAUGGAUGAAGUGUUUGCAAUGAGUGCUUGUUCACCAGGUGCUGUGGGGAAACUGCAGGGCAGAGGAGGACACUGUAGGGUUGAGAUACACAAGCGACACCUGCCCUUCAUACAGACGGAGUGAAGGGACCUGUGCUUGGAUGGAUAUCUAAACAUCCCCAUGCACAGGAUUCAAUAUUACGUUCAUUCCAUAAUUCAGUUGCAAUGUAAUUAUUUUGAUUUAUUUAAUCUCAUUAAAAAUAACUUGCUUUUGGUAGAACCCUCUAAGAAUAGUAAGACCAAUAAAAUUGCUGUGAAUGGCAUUUUCAGUAAUAUGUCCUGAGGACCUGCCUGGUCUGUGGUUUCUCCAGAAGGCUGUAGCCUUGCUGUCCUGUUAUGUUCCUCAUGGUUUACAUUCUUUGGCUGAAGAAAACAUGUUUUUAAAUUUUAUGAUUUUAUAAUGAUCUCUGUUUCUUGUAAAGAAAAAUUUCACAAAUUUAUAUUCUGAUGCCUGUGGUUCUUGUGUGUGCUUAAGAUGAUUACAUUUGGGGAGGGUCUCGAGUCACGGCUUGGGAUUUGUAUAGUUAGGGGAUAUGACCAUCGUAGAAAACGUAAAGGCUGGGCCCUUGGUGCUGUGCACUUGGAGAGGAACCCAGGAUCUUCAGCCAUCUUCCAGUGGCCUUCCCCAGCCCUGAGUCUUCUCUUGGUUUCCAGGUCCAAUACUGCCAGUUCAGCUGAGAACACCACUGGACGCGUUCAUAAAUGUCCUAAGGUCCUCUGUUGGGCUUCAUCAGAGAGCCUCAUUGAUGACCACUGGUGCAGGCAUGAUGGACGUCCACUUGUGUGGGCAUGUAAGUCUCAGUGAGUGGUUUGCAUCUCAGCAUACCUUCUCCAUCUUUUCAGUGGUCUGACUUCUGAACAAGAGGAUAUAGUUGGGACACAUAAUGGAGAAGUGCACUCGGUGUACAAGUGACUCUGCACUGAGUGAGGAUGGACUUGUAUCAUAAGUCAGAAAAUGCUGGAAACAAAGCACAGGAAGUCCUAAGGCGAGCGGGCCGAGUGUACUGCUUUUGGGGACUUCAUUUCCCAGUUCCUAGUAUGGGCUGCUUACAACCACCUCUAACGCCAGCUCACAUGAUUUUGUACAAACCCUACAUAAACAUAAGUUCAGUGAGAACUAAUCUGUAGCCAGUGUGCUAGCUAUAGUUAGAACUGGGAGGAUGCUAUCAGAAACCUUGUCUUAAAAGGGUCACUAUACAGAGAAACAGGUCUCAUUGUGACAUGUUCCAUAUGUCUCCGUUGGUCCCUUCCUCCCCAACCCCACCUUCAUGAUGGGUCUCGUUUCCUUGUCAAAUGUAAUUUUAGUCAUCAGUUCAUUAAAAACAUUAUAAACAUCCA